AUGUCUAAUAAUGAAGGAAAUGGAAAAGCUGAGAGCCAUGAGGUCACCGAAAAGGGACAACAGGUAAGGUGGUCCUUGCUGCACCAUUUAAGCUUUAGACUCAAACAGCAAGUUAAUAGUAGUAGUAGUAAUAAUAAUAAUAAUAAUAAUAAUAAUAAUUUAUUUAUACCCUGCCUAUCUGGCUGGGCUUCCCCAGCCACUCUGGGCAGCUUCCAACAAAAUAUUAAAAUACAGUAAUGCAUCAAACAUUAAAAGUUAGUCUAACUACUUCCUCCCCAAAGAGUGACACCACACAAGGAAGGAUUUUCUGGUGUUUUGUAUUCUUACUUGACAGUAACUGCAGGCAGCUGUACUCCAAAUCUGACUAGAGCUACAAUGCCUUUUAAAAAACAAAAACAUGGAGGCUUCCAUGCCUCUGUUAUGAACUCUUAAAGGAGCCCAGCCCAGGUCAUUCUGCAGAGCAAAAUAUUCCACCUACAGUAGAAGCUGCCUAGUAUACCAUAUUUUUCGCUCUAUAGGACGCACCGGACCACAAGACGCACCUAGUUUUUAGAGGGGGAAAUCAAGAAAAAAAAUAUUCUCUCAGAGCUUCUCGGGGCUGCGGGGGAAGCCCGGGUUUCCCCCCCAGCCCCAAAGAGCAAAGAAGCCAAGACAGCCAGCAGGAUCCAUCCCGCUGGUUGUCUUGGCUUCUGCCAUAGCCGCGCAACCUCUCCAGCCGGGAGCUAAACCUCUCCAGCGUGGCUAAAGAAGCCAAGGCAGCGAGCGCAAUCCAACCCGCCCGCUGCCUUGGCUUCCUCUUUAGCCUUGCACAGCCUCUCCAUCCUUUAAGGAGUGCGCGGCUCCUGUGGGCUUUUCUAUGAGGAGGGAGAAGGAACUGUCUGGCCGCGUCAGUCCCUUCUCCCUCCUGGGAAAAAGCCCACAAGAGCCGCGUGAAGCUUGUGUGCAGCUCUUGGGGGCUUUUCCUGCCUGCCUCCCCCCUGCAUUCGCUCCAUAAGACGCACAGACUUUUCCCCUUAGUUUUUAAGAGGGGGAAAGUGUGUCCUAUGGAGCGAAAAAUACGGUAAUUACGCUGACAGUCAAAACACAGAACUGGUGAGAGGAAGAUAGAGUUCUAAGCUUUACGAUUCACUCACACUAAGCUAGACAUGCUCAAGGCACACUCGAGACUCGGACCUUCACCACCGCUGGCCUUUGUGAGGAUGCUUUUUGACAAUAACUCUUACAGUCCCAAGAAAGCAACAGUUUAGCAUCUUCUCUAGGGUCUAAGAAGGUGGUGACUCAAUGCAGUAUCUCUUCCCAGUGUGUCAUACAAAGGCUAACUGAUCUGCCCCUGGUCAGCAUUACCUGCGAGAUCCUUUCCACUACUUAUAACUCUGCGAAGGCGUCCCAUCCAGCCAUCCAUGCAGUCUGUGGUAUGGCAGAAGUUGGACUAAAGAAGAUUGCCUCCUCGGCAGUGAGCAGUGUACAGCCCGUCCUGAAUAAGCUUGAACCUCAGAGUAAGUAAAUCCUGGCUUGAUAGUUUUAGGAAUGUUUUGGCUCCCUCCUAGGUCUCUCAUUUAGGUGUGGGUGUCCCAAGGCUCCUCAGUACCAGCAAUGCAAGCCUAGAAAUCCAUUCUAAGCUCCCCACCCUUCGAUGUGUGAUAAAAGGGUGGGCUAUUAUGCAAUGUUUAUACAUACCACAAAUACAAAAUAUGAUUAUAUACAUUUUGAUUACGAUAUUGCAAUUCAAAUACAAUAUUGAAAACCAAAUACGUCCCAUUAAAAGGCUGAAGUAAAACUAACCUGUGCUUUGAUUGCACUCAGUCACCAUUUUGGUUUUGAGGUAAAAGGUAAAGGUAAAGUACCCCUGGAUGGUUAAGUCCAGUCAAAGGCAACGAUGGGGUUGUGGCACUCAUAUCGCUUUUCAGGCUGAGGGAGCCGGCAUUUGUCCACAGACAGCUUUCCGGGUCAUGUGGCCAGCAUGACUAAACCACUUCUGACACAACAGAACACCGUGACAGAAGCCACAGUGCACGGAAACGCCAUUUAUCUCUCCACUGCAGCGGUAUCUGUUUAUCUACUUGUGCCUGUAUGCUUUUGAACUGCUAGGUUGGCAGGAGCUGGGACAGAGCAACAGAAGCUCACCCCGACACGGGGAUUCGAACCGCCGACCUUCCGAUCGGCAAGCCCAAGAGGCUCAGUGGUUUAAACCACAGUGCCACCAGUGUCCCUUUUAGCUUUGAAAGCUGAGUUGAAAAUGCACCAAGUCAACUUCUAAGUUGUCACAUGGUUUUAAAGUAAGUUUUGAUUUUGAAGGAAGCGAUGAGGCCGCCAGCGAAAGGCUAAAUGGCUUCUUCUCUUUCGACAGUCAUUUCAGCAAAUACCUACGCCUGCCAGGGCCUUGACAAACUGCAAGAGACUCUGCCUGUUGUGCAGCAGACUAUUGAAAAGGUAAUGCCUCUACCUCUGCUUCUUCUGUGUAGACAGUCACCCCCCCCCAAUCAUAGCUGUCAACUUACAGAUUUGAAAAUAAGGGACCAGCAGCCUCGAAAAUAAGGGAUCAGCAGCCAAAAUAAGGGAUUUUCAGAGCAGAGCUAUGUUCAACUUCUGAGCCCCUCGCAGCCAAAGGCAGAAAGCCCAGCCAGCAGCCAAACGAAGCCUCAAGUGGUGGUUCCCACAGCGUAGCAACCCGGCGAAGGGGCUGCAGCAAGGAAAACCACCGUCACCUCUCCGCUGGGAAGCACUGAGCAAAGGCGAGUCCCCAGGCAAGGCGGCCAGGCACAAGGCAUGCAAGCUCCACUCCCCAGUUGUUCUUAGACUUCUUAUUGGGUGAGCAUUGCAGCCAAGCAACACAGUUGGAGCCUCCCUCCUCCCUGGCCGGCAGGGAGGGAGGGAGAGGAGCUGCUUCCUUUGAAACCCGGGAAAUUUAAGGGACAUCAUCAAUAAGGGACAGCAGUGGGACACGGCGCUGGGAUAAGGAACUUUCCCGCCAAAUAAGGGACGGUUGACAGCUAUGCCCCCAAUCCCCGGCAUCCUUUCUGUUACACAUUUAUGAUUAUUUGUGCCCUGAUGCUAUUGAGGUGAUCAUGCACAUUCCCACUUUUGUUACAGUUUGUUCCUGCCAAAAUUAUAGCGGUGGUCACACUGCUUCAUUUCCAAGCAGUGCAUAUCCUGUAACUUCCUGCUGAAAUCCCAGAACUUUUUGUUUUUUAACCACAAAUGUUCCGGUUUUUAUAUAUAUACAGUGGACGCUUGGGUUGCAAACGUGAUCCGUGCGGGAUGCACGAUCGCAACCCGCAGCUCUGCAUCUGCGCACGCACAGGUUGCAAUUUGGCGCUUCUGCACAUGCACAAAGUACGAUUUAGCGCUUCUGCGCAUGUGCGACCGCCGAAACCCGGAAGUAACCCGUUCUGGUACUUCCAGGUUUCGGCAGUCCGUAACCCGAAAAAACGCAACCUGAAGCGUCUGUAACCCGAGGUAUGACUGUACAGUGGUACCUCGGGUUACAUACGCUUCAGGUUACGUACGCUUCAGGUUACAGACUCCGCUAACCCAGAAAUAGUACCUCGGAUUAAGAACUUUGCUCCAGGAUGAGAACAGAAAUCAUGUGGCGGCAACAGGAGGGCCCCAUUAGCUAAAGUAGUGCUUCAGGUUAAGAACAGUUUCAGGUUAAGAACGGACCUCCAGAACAAAUUAAGUACUUAACCCGAGGUACCACUGUAUAUAUUUAUUGUCCUGCUUGCAGUGUGCUAUAACUCCUCCAGGCAGCAAUAACAUGGUAGCGUUGGGGACGCAUCGCAGAACAGCUAAUAAAGCAGAAUAAAUCCAUCAGUCGUGAACUGUUGUGGGUGUAUUCGACAACAUGGUCUUGACACAACAAAACUCCGGUCUGAAGGAGCCCAACAGGCCAAUGGUCUGACUCUGCAUGAGACAGCUUUCAACUUGGGUCACAUUUCAAUGUACCAUCUAUCACAAUUAAACUGCCAAGAUAAUAUCAGGAGUUUUACAUGUAGAAACUUGACAGGAUUCACUUGUUGAGCCCUGUGGCACGAUUUCUCAUAUUUCUUUUGUUUGUUCCUAACAAUCGCCUAUCUAUCAGUGCUGAAAGGGAGGCGGAAUAAACAUCUCCCCCUCAGGGUUGCGUGUGUGUAGAAUUACUGCCAUCCAUUGAUGGGGUGAAUCAAAUUGGAGUCGAUGACUAGGAAACUGGAGAUCCUUCCAGAUCUACUUGGGAGGGGCUCUACUCUGGUUCUUGGCUUGGAGUUUCACUUCUCUUCUUUCUUGAUGUGAGAAUAUCAUUUAAAAAUUCCUUCUGCAGGUAGUACUGAAUGCCAGAGGCCUUGUCCUAGGUGCCAAGGAUACAGUGUCAGGUCUAGCAGGUGGGGUCAAAGAGGCUGCCCAGGAGAGGAUGAAGAUGGCCGUGUCUGCAGUGGUGGUUGGCAUGAACACCAUGAUGGAGGGCAAUAUGAAGCAGAUGGUGACGAGUGGUAUUGACCACAUGAUAGAGGCAUCUGUGGAGAUGAUAGAAUACUACCUGCCAGUAACAGAUGAAGAACUAGGUGAGACUAUUGCAGCUGCUUUUGUGAGGGAGAAUGUAUUUGGAACCAGGCAGAGGGCCUUCUCGGCUGUGGCACCCGCCCUGUGGAACGCCCUCCCACCAGAUGUCAAGGAAAUAAACAACUCUCUGAGUUUUAGAAGACAUCUGAAGGCAGCCCUGUUAAUGUUUGAUGUUUUAUUGUGUUUUUAAUAUCCUGUUGGAAGCCACCCAGAGUGGCUGGGGAGGCCCAGCCAGAUGGGCAGGGUAUAAGUAAUAAAUUAUUAUUAAUUAAUUAUUUUUAUUUAAUAAGGUAUGGACCAUACUUAUUAUCCAUCUCACUGUCUGAAAUCUGGUCUACUGAUGUUAUUAAAAAAAUGCCAUAAUAUUGUAGAUUAUAGCUGCCCAGAGUGGCUGAAGCAACCCAGUCAGAUGGGCGAGGUAUAAAUAAUGAAUUUAUUAUUAUUAUUAUAGAUAAUAAUUGUAAACCACUUUGAUUUAGUGUGUGAUUUAGUGGUAUAUUAACAUUUUUAUUUUAAAAAAAUACUAUUUAUUAAAUUUUCCGCUUUAAUAAUCCAAUCAAACCAUAUUAAAUAUUCCAAAUUAUACAUAUUAUUCGAUAAUCAAACCGUCCAAAUAUUAUGCCAAAGUAUUAAAAAAUUUGGAGGUAUCUUUCCAUGUUCUGAGGUCAGGGGGGGUCUGAUUAUCUUCUACUGCUUUCAUAAUUUUUGCAAUAGUUCCCAUAAAUCAUUCCAAUGUUAAUCCUCAUUAUUUUUCACAGCCUCUGAGUUUAUCAAACAAGCGAGAUAAAACAAAACAGUAUAUUCUGGGUGGAAUUUAUGUCCAGAGUUCCCUCUGCAUGUUCACGAUAUCUCUUCACAAAAUGAUGUUUUCGCCAAGCCAGUCCAAAAAUCUUCUCACCUCGGGCAGCAGAUAAAAUCAAAUCAAGGCAUCUGCCCAAUGCUUUUAAGACCAGCUGUCCUUCAAACGGUUAACCUGUCCAGGGAAGGUUUGCCAUAUAAAACUGGGAAUGCAAAUAUUAAGUAAGAUAUUAAAAGGCACCUAUCCCCCUCAGGCUCUGCAUUUAAUUCAACAAGCUGAUCUACUUCCAGUCAUGGCCACUUGGUUAAUUGGAGUUGCGUCAUCCGAUUCUAAUUCCAGGCAAACUUCCAAAGUUUUUUUGGCGUCUCUCCAGUCAUUCUCCAAAUCAAAGUUGGGAAACUCUUUAUCCUCUUCCAAAUAUAUCUGCAGACAAAUACUUUGAACUUGGUUUUCCACUUUUGAAUAAUUGUUAUUUCCACACAGUUAAUGAUUACAGUGGUACCUCAGGUUAAGUACUUAAUUCGUUCCGGAGGUCCGUACUUAACCUGAAACUGUUCUUAACUGAAGCACCACUUUAGCUAAUGGGGCCUCCUGCUGCUACCGUGCCGCCGGAGCACGAUUUCUGUUCUCAUCCUGAAGCAAAGUUCUUAACCUGAAGCACUAUUUCUGGGUUAGCGGAGUCUGUAACCUGAAGCGUAUGUAACCUGAAGCGUAUGUAACCUGAGGUACCACUGUAUUAGUCAUAUUAUAUCACCAAAUACACCACCUCUCCAGUCUCGCUUGCUAUAAAUAAUCAGACAGUUGUUUUUUCAGAGCAGGAUUUUGCCAUAUAACAUAGCAAAACAAAAUAUAAUAACAAAGGAGGCUCACACCCCCCCUUUCAGUUCCAACAUACCAAGUCUACGUAGGUGUUCUUCCGUUCAAAUCCUUUUUAGCACCUCAGUGGCUGAAUUAAUUAGCAGAGUAGUUUCUCCCCCUUCGCUCAGAUCACGUCCAAAAUUUAAAUCCAAUUUUUCAUCUUAAGAAUUGGAAGCUUACUGUUAACUGGAAGCGACUUUGGAGAGUUGCCAAGUAACGUUCCGGGCUUUCCAUCCAGCCUCCCCAGCCCCUCCUUUCUUCUGAAUUUGGGGCCAGGGAGUGUAGGGAGACUGAUUACUCCCAUCUCAGCCUCUGAUUCUGGAACGUACAGCAGUGAUGAAAUUCAGCCAUCCUCCAUCGCAGCUUGCCAGAAGCUCCUUAGUAUAUUAAAAUUUUUAGAAGUGAAAUAAAAAUUGUACCAGUUCAAGAACAUUGUGGAGGGGCAGAAAGUUGGCCAGAACACAUCUCAGGACUUUAGAAAAAAGAUGGUCUCAAGCAUCACAGGGAGGACUCUGCAUCCUGAACAGAUUUCCAGAAUGCUGUUGAAAUAUACUCGGAGUCGAGUAUGGAUUUCAUGCUCUUUAUUCAGCUCAUGGUAGUGAGGAAUGAAAGUUCCCCCAAAAUAUCUGCUUUAUAUACAUUAUUUACACAAUGGGCAGCACGUGAUUGGCUAAUUCUGGGAUUCUCCCGUGAGCCAAUCAGGUUCCAGGUUCACUUCCACCUGGAGCUGGAUUGGGUGGCUCCUGCGGACCAAUCAUACUGUUGCAUUGUUCUAGGACCAAUCAGACUGCUGCAUUUUGGAUCCUAUUGGUCUAGGACCAAUCAGACUGCUGCAUUUUGGAUCCUAUUCAACUCAGUACAUAACAGCCAUCUUGGUGUUUUAUGUUUUAAAAAAGUUCCCAGGUUCAGCUUUCAACUAGGACUGGGAAAGUCUCCUGUCUGAAACGUUUGUGUGUUGUUGCUAGACCGUAAUGAGUCAGAUGGGACCAAUGGUGUGAUUUGACCAUUGCUUGUCAGUUGCUUGUCUUAGACAGUUUAAAAAAAAAAAAAUCUUAAAACAUUUUCCAUUCAUGCACCUGGCACAUUACAACCAAAUACAAGUCCCUGCCCCAAGGAGAAUACAGUAUUUUCUAUGACCGGUAGACUGUGAUAUAUGUUCACCUUCUGACUUGCUAAGGUAUAUAACUGGUUAAACAGUCUUAAGAAGGAUGUUGCAGCCUGCCAUGGAACCUUUUUUUGGAUUUUAGUUUUGUUAACUUGUAUAUUAAUGGUUGGAGUGUGGUUUUGGGGAGUUGUUCUGAGUGGAUUAUUUGUGGAGACAAAAUUGGACUAUAAUAAAAUUGGGUUAUAAAUCUUUCUUUAAAAAAAUCAAUAUGGAGCUGUAUGAUCAGACAGCAGCACGCGAAACCAUAAAGCUAGAUGGGUAAAAGAUGCUCUGAGCUUGUUUACAUUGGUUCUGCUAUAGCCAGGUAAUUGGUAAAAAGGUACCAUAUUUUUCGCUCUAUAGGACACACUUUUUCCCCUCUAAAAAUUAAGGGGAAAUGUGUGUGCGUCCUAUGGAGCGAAUGCAGUCUUGCUCUCCUGGCUUCAGCAAAAGGAACCCGAAGCCUGCGGAGCGCAACGGGAACUCGCGCUGCACUCCGAAGGCUUCAGGGAUCUUUGAGGCUGGCGGUGGGGGAAAGCAGCGCUUCCCCCCGCUAGGCCCAAAGAGCAGGUCGAAAGGAACCCAAAGCCUCUGGAGGCUUCAGGUUGCCUUCACUGAAGCCUGGAGAGCGAGAGGGGUCAGUGCGCACCGACCCCUCUGACUCCCCAGGCUUCUAAGGUAGCCACCUGAAGCCUCCAGAGCGCAGCGGGAACUCCCACUGCGCUCCGGAGGCUUCGGGUUGCCUUCACUGAAGGCGACUGAACACACCUUGAACGCACCUUGUUUUAGAGGGGGAGAACAAGAAAAAAAUUCUCCCCCUCUCUGCGCAGUGCCCCUUCAGCGAAGCGGCAGGAGAAAUGGAAGGGGCUCCGUUUCUCCUGAAGGGGUGCUGAGCAGAGAGGGGGAGAAUUUUUUUUCUUGCUCUCCCCCUCUAAAACAAGGUGCGUCCUAUGGUCGGGUGCGUCCUAUAGAGCGAAAGAUACGGUAGAUUUGUGGUGGUAGCAGAACUAAAUAGCCACUUAACAUGCAAAGGGGUUUUUUUUGUCAAGACCGUGUAUGUUCUUUUCUAGCUGCCCUCGCAGCCUCUAUGGUGAUAAACAACCCUGAAGAAGCUGCUGAAACAGCUCCUGUCAAAAAGGAGAAAGAAGAGGAGAGUUACUAUCGGCGCUUGGGCGCGCUCUCAGCCUUUUUCCGACACAGAGUCUACCAGAGUUCUCUGGCAAAGAUGCAAAGGAUCAAGCGAAGCACACAGGAUAUACUCUUCCAGCUUCAAGAAGCUGUUUUGUUGGUAAGAACUGAACUACUCCUCUGGUUCCAAGAUCUGGCUAGAGGACAGAGGUAGCCCCACCAUGGUGCCCUCCGGAAGUUGUGGGACUACAACUCCCAUCAGCCCCAGCCUGCAUGACCAAUGGCUGGAGAUGAUGGAACUUGUAGUCCAACGCCAUGAGAACGUCAUGUUGGAUAUGCAGAAGGGUUAAUGGGGUCUGGGCAAGUGGUGUUUGGAAUAACCACUGAGACAGAAAUGCUUGGCACUUAAAGAAAGAUAUUAAUGGUGGCGCCAGGCAUGCCUCCCUUAGGAGUGGAUUCCACCAAAGAGAAGCCACCACUGAAAAGGCUCAUUUUGUGCCACUGCUCUCCAGACUUCCCUUGGAGCAGAGAUGAGUAUAGUGAGUACUCAGCUGAACACUCUUGAAAGUCUAAUCCAAUACAGUGGUACCUCAGGUUAAAUACUUAAUUUGUUCCGGAGGUCCGUUCUUAACCUGAAACUGUUCUUAACCCGAAGCACCACUUUAGCUAAUGGGGCCUCCUGCUGCUACCGUGCCGCCAGAGCACGAUUUCUGUUCUCAUCCUGAAGCAAAGUUCUUAACCUGAAGCACUAUUUCUGGGUUAGCGGAGUCUGUAACCUGAGGUACCACUGUACUGUAACUCCUGCCCACCUCUUUACUAACUUCUGUGGCAGAACAUUGAAGUGGCUUUUAAGAUAAUGCUUGAAAAAGUCUCUAAUGAAAGAUGGAAGGGGAGUGGCUGAAUGGAGUUCAAGCUAUUGGUCAACAAUAGCUGCAAGAUAUUUCUUUAUAUUGAAUGUUAAUAUUUUGAAAAUGCCUUUCCAGAUAAAGUACACCUUGCAGUCUCUGGAUAGGCAACUGAAUCCUAAAGUUGCUAAUCACCAGAAGGAAAUGGAACCAAUCUUGGUGGAGUGGAAUGGGAGUCUUCCAAUGCCGGGCCAGAGCUAUGAAGAGAGUCUUUCAGAGGUAUGCUUUAGAGGUAGCAACAGUGUUUCCCAAACUUGGGUCUCCAGCUGUUUUUAGACUGCAGCACCCAUCAUCCCUAGCUAGCAGGACCAGGGGUCAGGGAUGAUGGGAAAUGUAGUCCAAAAAUAGCUGGAGAUCCCAGUUUGGCAAACACUGCUGUAGACCAAGUAUGUAGAACCUGUGUCCCACCAGAUGUUUUUGUUGUUGUUUAGUUGUUUAGUCGUUUAGUCGUGUCCGACUCUUCGUGACCCCAUGGAUCAGAGCACGCCAGGCCCUCCUGUCUUCCACUGUCUCCCGCAGUUUGGUCAAACUCAUGCUGGUAGCUUCGAGAACACUAUCCAACCAUCUUGUCCUCUGUCGUCCCCUUCUCCUUGUGCCCUCCAUCUUUCCCAACAUCAGGGUCUUUUCCAGGGAGUCUUCUCUUCUCAUGAGGUGGCCAAAGUAUUGGAGUCUCAGCUUCACGAUCUGUCCUUCCAGUGAGCACUCAGAGUUGAUUUCCUUACUUGCAGUCCAUGGGACUCUCAAGAGUCUCCUCUAGCACCAUAAUUCAAAAGCAUCAAUUCUUUGGCGAUCAGCCUUCUUUAUGGUCCAGCUCUCAUUUCCAUACAUCACUACUGGGAAAACCAUAGCUUUAACUAUACGGACCUUUGUUGGCAAGGUGAUGGGACCAGGGGCCAUGAUCUUAGUUUUUUUUAUGUUGAGCUUCAGGCCAUAUUUUGCACUCCCCUCUUUCACCCUCAUUAAAAGGUUCUUUAAUUCCUCCUCACUUUCUGCCAUCAAUAUAGUGUCAUCUGCAUAUCUGAGGUUGUUGAUAUUUCUUUUGGCAAUCUUAAUUCCAGCUAGGGAUUCAUCCAGCCCAGCCUUUCGCAUGAUGAAUUCUGUACAUAAGUUAAACAAGCAGGGAGUCAAUAUACAGCCUUGCCGUACUCCUUUCCCAAUUUUGAACCAAUCAGUUGUUCCAUAUCCAGUUCUAACUGUAGCUUCUUGUCCCACAUAGAGAUUUCUCAGGAGACAGAUGAGGUGAUCAGGCACUCCCAUUUCUUUAAGAACUUGCCAUAGUUUGCUGUGGUCGACACAGUCAAAGGCUUUUGCAUAGUCAAUGAAGCAGAAGUAGAUGUCUUUCUGGAACUCGCUAGCUUUCUCCAUAAUCCAGCGCAUGUUUGCAAUUUGGUCUCUGGUUCCUCUACCUCUUCUAAAUUCAGCUUGCUCUCCUCACCCCCAACCAUGGGCUGGUCUGAUGGGAGUUGGGAUCAAACAACACCUGAAGGUUACAAGUUUCCCACCCUCCCCUAGUGUAAACAACACUUGGCUAUAUGGACCAAUGUUCUGACUUGGUACAGGGCAGUUUCCUUUGCUGCAUUUCUGAUGCUAAGCAACUUUUGUCCCGGGCAAAGUUGCUGGAUUUGGGGUGGGUGGAAUCUAGCCUUCCUGAAGAGUGAGAUGUUUGUGCAAAUAUUUGCCGCAGUUCUCUGUAAACAUGAAUGAAGACAAUGCCAAGGGUUGGUUCAAAGUUCCUUCGCUUGCGCAAAAAGCAUCUCUCUGGCCUCUCACAUGGGCAGAAGGGGAAGUAGUGCUUGACUUCCCCCAGCCUGCAGCCUCCCAAAAUGGCUCCAGAGCACUGGAGUGGUGUGCGCCAAGUAACAUGGACGGUUGCAGCCUUGUAGAGAAAUCAGUACUGCCGUUCAGUGCAUAAGUAAGUAGACGUGCCUUCUUUCGUAAAGGUAAAGGGACCCCUGACCAUUAGGUCCAGUCGUGGCCGACUCUGGGGUUGCGGUGCUCAUCUCGCUUUAUUGGCCGAGGGAGCCGGCGUACAGCUUCCGGGUCAUGUGGCCAGCAUGACUAAGCCGCUUCUGGUGAACCAGAGCAGCGCACGGAGACGCCGUUUACCUUCCCGCCGGAGCGGUACCUAUUUAUCUACUUGCACUUUGACGUGCUUUCGAACUGCUAGGUUGGCAGGAGCAGAGGCCGAGCAACGGGAGCUCACCCCGUCGCGGGGAUUCGAACCACCGACCUUCUGAUUGGCAAGUGGUUUAACCCACAGCGCCACCCGUGUCCCUGCUUUCUUUCUUAGCCUCUCUCAAAUACUUGUACUGAAAGCUUAGGGUGGUGUAGGAUAAACAUGUCAUCUAACAAGUUCUCUCUUCCCUUCCACUCCAUGGCAGGCAGAAUCGCAGGUUCUAAGCUUGACCUACGGCAUCAGCCAGCAGAUGCGGAAUAUCUGCCAGACAUUCUUGGCUAACGCGCAGGGCCUCCCUGUUGAUCUCCUAGAAAAGGUGCAGCAAACAUAUAGCAGCAUGGAAGAGCUACAGGCGACCCUCUCCGGUGCCCAGUCCUUGAAGGACCUUCCCAGUGGUAGCCUGAAGGAGAGCCAGGAGAAGAUUGAGAAGGCCCAGGAGACCAUAUUUGAGACCAUGGAAUACGUGGUUUUGACAACAUUGGUGGCUAGGUCUUUUUUUCCUGCUCAAACCUCUAUGGAAGAACCUGAAAAGGAGGCAAAGGCAGAGGCCUAA